AUGUCGCUAUACUCUAACAGGAAUGGCGCCAAAGCCGUAUUUCACGAGGUACACGUUCCCUACAGCAAUUGCGACAGUACGGAAGUAGAACGCAGAGGGCCACGCCCAACUCUAUAUUGCACUCUAUUCGACCGCCUUUGUCCAGAUGAAGAGACCAUCUACCUGGCACUCAGAAAUGUGCAGUCAGUCGGCGUUUUGGGCAGAAGACGGUUCAAGAAAACCAGACUUCGCAUUGAGAAGAUUGAAGCAGUCGUGACGGAAGCUCAGGACCAACCAAACUGCCGUGGUCAAGAGGCUAUGGAUGAAAGAAAGAUUCGACUAGAUAUCGGAAACGUGACCGAGGGCUUGAGCCGUAAGGAACAAGAAACAGAAGAUCAGCAAGAGAUGGAGCUGAAGCAAAUUGCUGAGGAGCGAAGGAAGUUAGAUGAACGGGAGACAAAUGUUCAAAAGGAUCAAGAAGAAGAUAAGAGGGAGUACCGAAAGUCCGUGGAGUUGGAUGUCAUAAAAUCGUUGGACGGAGUAAGGAAAUUACUUGAGGGGAGGACAUUUUUUGUCUAA